AUGGUUGGCCUUAUCGGGCUCUCUCUGGCUCGUGAAAUUACAUUUCCACCAGUGCAACAUCCUCUGGGAGUCGAGACGGAAGCGCCAGGACUUAGCGAGGACAUUUCUCUCGCGAAGUUUGCUGGCUUGACUACUUUUGCGAAUCUGCCGUAUGUCCACUGUCUCUCGUCUAAUAAAGAAGUGGAACCUUACGACAUCGCAAUACUGGGCGCGCCCUUCGACACUGGCGUCACUGCCCGUCCGGGAGCUCGGUUUGGCCCUCUAGGUAUCCGAGAGGGAUCAAGACGCAUCUCGCCAGCUUUCGGAUACUCGGUAUACACAGGCCAAAAUCCGUUUGACCAGGGUUUCAAGAUUGUAGACUGUGGUGAUGCCCCCUUGACUGUUCUCGACAAUACUGUCGCGCUCCGACAGCUUGGAAAGGCGCAUCAGGUGACUUCCUCUCGAAGAGCCAAUUCAACAGAAUACACUGUGCCACGAAUCAUCACGCUGGGUGGGGAUCAUACAACAACCUUGCCAGCUCUAAGAUCUACGUUCCAACACUGGGGGGCUGUGUCCGUAAUACACUUCGAUUCGCAGCCAAUGGAUAGGGAUCCCGAGCUUUUGGGAGGCGGACUCUCUCACUACUCAGGUGUCAACCACGGAACAUUCUUCAACGCAGCGCACACGAAGAGGGUCUUGUCCUCAAUUCGUCCAUCCACGCUGGAAUUCGAGCGCCAGUAUUGAACAAGAAAUAUGAUCUCAAAAAUGACAAAGCGUGCGGGUUCCAUAUCUUGACCGCACGAGAUCUUGACAAGUUUGGAAUGCCGGCCUUCGUGCAAAAAAUCAAAGAUCGAGUCCAGGACACGAAGGUCUACAUCACGGUAGAUAUCGACUCUCUGGACCCAGCAUUUGCGCCUGCCACUGGUACCGCGGAGCCAGGAGGUUGGACGACACGAGAACUGCUCACUAUACUAGACUCGCUUCAAGGCCUUAAUGUCAUUGGGGCUGAUGUUGUAGAAGUCGCACCUAUCUAUGAUAACCCUGGCGAGACCACAACUCUUGCUGCGGCUGAGAUUGUGCGGUCUUUGAUCCAGCUUAUGGUCGAUGCUCCUGUGGCACCGUCCAAUGCAGUGCAACAUGGCGAGCAGUGA